AUGACACUCCGGCCCGCACCCCCAUUGUUCCGACGGUCCGGCUCCCAUUGUUCCCCCCGAUCCGGCCCCUCAUUGUUCCCUGGCCCCAUUUCAUAUCUGCUCGAGGAGUUCAUCUCCACAUCGCCCGGAGAGAAAUUCAAGAAGUUCGUUCACAACGGCGAAGCGGUUCCCGCCCUUGCACCCCAAGAUCCUGAUUUCUACAUCGCUGAAUUCCUUUGUUUUACUCAGCACUUCCAGUACACCAAGUCGGGAGGGCUGGUGAUUCUUUCGGAUCUCCAAGGAUCAUCGACCCUCUUGACGGAUGCACAGAUCAUGACCUCCUUCACGCUGACGGACAAAGAGGUGUUUGGUGGGGGAAACAUCCCCACUAUCUUUGACAGAUUCGAAGUCGAGCACCAAUGCAAUGUGUACUGUCGCGCAUUUGGAAUGUUGCCCUUCAAGGUAUCUGAUGAGGAGGGCGCAAAAUUUUGAUAUUCAUUCUGUACUCGGUCUAUUUCAUAACAAUGACUGCUGAAUUAACUGUA